ACCAAAAGACCAUCCUUUUCCUUUCCAAGUUUGGAGCAGGUGGAUUGGCUAAUUCAGAUCUUUGCCAUCUUGGAGAAAAUUAGAGUGGGUUGACUGGGGAGAUCACUUGGAACCAGAUUUCGGCCAAAUCUAGAGGGAUGUGGGCUUGUAUGAGUUUAUUCAACUAACCAAGUGCAAAUUUGUCAUGGAUAGGCCGAUCUUGAGUUCUGCUUUGCUCUUUUGGUCUAGUUCUUUCAAUUGCUUCCACCUUCUUUGCGGAGCCAUGUCUGUGAAUCUCUUCGACAUCAAUUCACUAACCAGAUUACCUUGCACAGGAGAAGAAAUUUCUGCACUUCUAACCAUGCCACCGGGUGUUGAUUCUGACCACAAAGAUCUAAAGCCCUCUUAUCCAACUUUCGUGAGAUCUGCCUGUGACCAUAGUCUUACUAAGGAAUUUAUCCCAUUAGCCGUUGCUUUAGCACACAACAGGUGCUUAGCUUUAGGUCCUUUUCUGCUUGCUUACUUGUAUAAAAGUUGUCAAGAUGUCACGGUAUACCCUUUAGGCAAUAGCAGUGGACCGCUUUGGAUUCUACAACUAUGGCUUUACUCUUAUUUCCCAACACUGGUUCCUGUUCUAUUUGCUAUACUAGGUUAUGAUCUGCUUUCCUAUGGCUUAAUGUUCAAAGAUGCCACAGAAAAUAAGAAAACUUUUGAAGAAUGCUUCAAAUUUUUUGCUUCUUUUCCCAUCAACAGACUUGAUGCAGAUUUCGCUAUGUUUCUAAACAGAUCUCACGGCCCUUCUUGGUACAAGGCUGAUAUCCAGUCUCCAGAUUUCAGAGCAUUCUGAUUGAUGUUGAUGACAUUGAGGUUGUUUCACUAUUCUGAAAUCUGUGUAGAUUUCGAAUUCUGUCACUAUAUCUGCCAACUGAUAUCUUUGAACUUUGUCUCCAAAUUCUUGCAAAGUCUUGCUGCUGAAAUUUUUGUGAUUGACGAUGAUUUGGAGGAUGAGCUUCUUGCUAAGCUAGACAUGUUGAUGGACCCUUCUGAACAUAUUAGCUUUGCCAUUUUGACCCUUCAAGAGCUCAUUGAUGGUGACCCUUCUAAUUUUUGUAGAGUGCCAGAUCAACCAGCCGCUUUUGAAGCGGCUCAAAUCCUUAGCCAAGCUCCACAACUAUCUUCUGUUCAACGUAAAUUUUGGGUAAAUUUCACUCUUAUUUAUGCAAAUUUCAGUAAGAAAUUCCUGGAACUUGAGAACAAGGUGGCGGUAGCAGAAUCUGCCAGAAAAUCUAUAGCAGAUAGUACUGCCAUUAUCUUUAAAAAGAGGGAAGAGUUCUUGGCAGCAAAGGUUGCUCAUGUAACACAGAUUAAACAUCUCCAAGAUCUCAAGGAGGAAAUUUCUAACAUCGAGGCCAGACUUGCAGAAUUGAGAAAUCAGAUUCCUCUUGUGGAGCAAACAGAGAAAAAUUUGGCAGAACAACGAAAUAAGCUUCAUGUAGAUAUGGUGACAGGCUUGAAAUCUGUUUCAGAGAUCAAGGAUCAGCUCCCUUCUCUCACAGCUUUUGCAGAUGAAGUCGUUGUGGAACUCAAAAAUAUGAGGGAAGAAUGGAAUGAUUGGUAAAGAAACUUUUGUUAAUUCCCUUAUAUAUAUAUAUUUAUUUAUUUAUUAAUUGAACUUGCAUGUUCCGAUCCUUGAACUUAACGUUUGUGGCCUAUUGGCCAUGCAAACUGCCUCUUCAAUGUUGAUCUCUAUCUUUGCUGCUCAUAUUUUGGAAGUUUGCUUGUUGCACAUUUUGUUCAUACUCUGCUGUAGGUUGAAAUCUGUCACGGCCAAAAUCUAGCCACUCUGGUUGCUCACAGCCAGAUUUAUCCUACUUACAAAUUUAGCUCAGCAUUUUUAUUGAACUAUAAAAUGCUAAUUGAGAA